CUAGAAUAUUCCAAACCUGAAAGGUCCGAAGAGCCCUUGGUGAAAUCGCAGACGACGCUCAGGCACGUUAUUCCCAAGAGGAGCGCAUGAUUGACGGCUGAGAGAGACCCGUCCGAGAAGAACAUCCUUGAAGCCUCAAAGGCUUCCGUAGAAGUUUCCAUGUGACAACAGAAGGUCAGACAUGGCAGCCUGCAGGAAAGGGCUCGAUCGGGUCCUGUUUUCCCUCAGUUUAUUACGAGCCCACAAUUUCCACAAUGAACGGUUUUUGUCCACGUCUCUUUGUCGUCUGGCUGCUGAAAACAGCAGCGAGCCGCCCAAGUUCACUCCACCACCCAGACCCGUCAUCAUAGACAAAACACAGGCUGCGGCCUCGCUCCGAAAGUUUCUGAGCCCAGAGUUCGUCCCUCCCAGACAGAGAACAGUCCCAUUCAAGUUCUCAAUUGAGAGGCAAGACAUGAUCCGCAGGAGGAAAGUGCUCGACAUCCCAGAAUUCUACGUGGGGAGCAUCCUGGCUGUCAUCAUGGCCGACCCCAACGCCAGUGGGAAGACACACCGCUUUGUUGGCAUCUGCAUCAAGCGCAGUGGGAAGGGCCUGGGAGCCACGUUUGUUCUGAGGAACAUCAUAGAAAACCAAGGUGUAGAGAUCUGCUACGAGCUGUACAGUCCUCGUAUACAAAAGAUUGAAGUGCUGAAGCUGGAGAAAAGGUUGGAUGACGACCUGAUGUACCUGAGAGACGCUCUGCCGGAAUACAGCAAGGUGGAUCCAGACAUGAAACCAGUACACGUCUCCCCCACUGGAGAGGUGCCUGUAAACAAGACCAAAGUGAGGAUGCGCCCCAAGCCGUGGUCCAAACGCUGGGAGCGACCCAAGUUCAACAUCAAGGGCAUCCGAUUUGACCUGUGCCUGACCCCAGAGCAGAUGGAGCACGCUCAGAAGUGGGCGCAGCCCUGGCAGGAGUACGACAUGCUGAAGGAGUACGACACGACCAAACUAGAGGAGGAGAUCUUCUCUGAGGUUCAGAAGGAGAUGAGCAAGUGAGAGAGGAAAUGUUCUUCAGGUUUACCAUGCAGACUUUAAAGAGGUUUGACACAUCUGGAUCUCUGUGCAGGACUUUUGGUUUAUUUUACUAAACUGCUGCAUCACUAUGUAAAGAAGAAUAAAUCUGGAAAGGAGCGAUGUAUCUUA